AGUGUACAGUAUGGAGGCUCCUCAGACUGGUGACAUGGGACCUGACCCAAUACAGACCCCCCUGGAUAAGCUGGAGGAGCAGGUGAUUGGUGACCUACAAACUGAAGUGGAUAACCUGGAGAAGGAGGAACGCAGCUUUUACAGCCUGAAAAACAGAUACCAGGAGCUCAGGGGUGGAGGACAAUGUACUAACAAGAACAAAAUGUGCCAUGCCUGGUCGUGUGCUGGAGAGUGUGACAAAAACCCUGCCUACAUGUUGAGACAGUGCACCUGGAGCUGUGGGGCUUGUGGACCAAAAUUCUGUUUGGACAACAAUAAGAACUGUGAUGCCUGGAUGAAGAGAGGGGAAUGCUCCAAGAAUCCAGGCUACAUGUUAGCGAACUGCUGCUGGAGCUGCAUGGCCUGUGGAGAAGGCCUAGGCAACGGAAGCUGUAAGGAUCUCGAUAAUCGCUGCCCCAACUGGGCCCAGAACGGAGAGUGUGAGAAGAAUCCCAAAUAUAUGUUGGCCAACUGUCGCAAGAGCUGCAAUGUUUGCAAAGGUACAGGAACUGUAAAUGCAUUUACUAUUGUGGUGAAUUUAUUUUGUGGCAGGACGGAACAAGAGUUUUUUGCAGUGCUUGCAGUUUCCCAGUUAAAACAUUUCAAAGCUAUUAAGCUAAUGCCAAGAAAGACAAAGCUAAUGCCGAGAAACAUGGAAAGCUAUUAAGCUAAUGCCGAGGAAGACAACAAUUUUUCUUUUGAUAUUUUUUUUCUUGUUUGAAAGCUUUGCUAGUUUUUUUUCUUGGAGGUUGCAACAUCAUGCAAAUAGCACAAACUAGGAAGGUCAGUUUAAUUCAUUGUAGGCUAACAUAACUUUUGCAGGAUCCUUCCAGUGAAGCCUCGGUCACAACCCGCCGUACGUGCUUCUGCGUGCUGUCUACGUGCAAAAACGUGGGCAAACGCAGGGCAUCCGUGCGUGGUGAGUACUGCCUCCGUACAGAAUCCUACGAAUUUUGGAGCACGCAGACACGCCAUAGAACUUUAAGUGCAUUUAAAACUUUUUCUACCUGUGG